UCUCGUGCCGACUGAUUAAAAAAAAAAAUACACAGAUCUAAUUCUAAAAUAAAUCAGAAAAUACCAACAUUACAGAAGAGAUAUCGUUGAAAAAACUAAGGACGAAAAAUCGUGUGUCUGACUUGAUUGUAACAAACUGGUCUGUGCAAGUUAGCCUGAGGCUACAUGUAGUUGGUCAUGAUAAGACAACCAAGCGAUAGUAAUUGUUGUGUGUUGAGUGGGCAGGCGAGAAAAUACACACUUACAUGAUAGAAUUCUAAAAUGACUGACUUGAAUAAGAAAAGGGAAGAGAUAAAGAGACAAAUCAGAUCUUUGUUGGAAUCAGCACCACUAGGCUUGACCCUUCAUGAACUAAAAAGAGAUUACAAGAUCUUUAUUGGGUCACAGUUCCCAACCAGAGAGCUAGGAUUUAACAGAGAUGAAGACUUCUUAAGUGCCAUCGAUGAUGUGGUGCAUAUCUCAUGGCAAGGCAACCAAAUGGUUCUCCAAGCUGUGGCCAGUAAAGAGACAAAGCAACUGGUAAAAUUGAUUAACAGACAAAAAAUUGAUCCAAAAAAGAAUUGGGGUGUGUUAAAAAAUGCCAGAUAUGAUAGAAACCUAGUUCUUGCAAAGCCGUAUUCCCCUAAGGAUUAUCCUCCCAGAAAUGCAGGUAGUGAUUCAAUGGACUGGAGAGCUUCUUCCUUAUACAACUACCCCAUGCCUUAUGACGAAAAGCCACGUCGCAAGACAAGUAAGAAAGUUGCCCCAUCGGUUUCAGCCUUUGUCAGAGCUCAAAUUCAUGACCUGGUGAGAAACUCUCAAGAUGGAGUAUCUCUAAUUUACCUCAGGCCUCUUUUCCGCAAUACUUAUGGAACAACAUUGGAGCCCCAACUUAUGGGGUUCUCCUCUUUAGAAGAUAUGCUGUCAAGCAUGGCAGAUACUGUACAAAUGAAAAAUUAUGGGUCAGAGGUGAGAGUGGUAUCCACGAUACCCCCAGCUCCCUCAAACAGAUCUGACAUUAAAAGCUCUGUCUCACAGAACACUGUUGCUUCUGAUAAUGUUAAAUCAAAUUGUGAUACUAAAUUCAAGGUAGAAUCAAAAGUUACCAAGCAAGACCCUAAGGAUCAGAUCCAUUGUAAUAUACCACCUGCAUUUCAAAAUUAUGUCAGACAAGUUAUUUCAAACUAUCCUAAAGGAAUCAGUUCCAGCAGAUUUCCAGUUGAGUUCAAGGCCACUCAUAAGCUAGACAUGCCUUUAAAGACAUAUGGCUAUAACUCUGUGAUAGAUUUCAUCAGUGAUCUUCCCCAUAUUGUACGCAUGGAGCGACCUAAUCCUCAAGGUGAUUGGAUGCUUUAUCCAGCAGAAGUGAAGCCAGACAAAAAAUCGGAGGGUAAAGAAGAAAAACAAUUGGCUGAUGACACAGACCUUCCUCCUGUGGAAAUUGACCAACUGACAAAGGACACAAUAGUUCAAGUUCUGUCCAUGCACAAAGAUGGUAUCCCUUUGUCCAAAUUUCAGUCUGUGUACAAAGACAUGACAGGUGUAGCACUAGAGGUUGACAAAUACUGUAAUGGUGGUAUCAAACAGUUGUUGAUGAGUUUGCCUUAUGUUUUGAUCAGCAUAUGUCCAAAAGAUAAAUAUCGUGUGUAUCUGAAAGAUGUUGUGGCUACUAGAAAGUUUGACAAACUGAGCAGCAUCUACCAGCCACUCACAAAUAAUGAGCAAUCAGAUGACACUCCUCAGCUGCCCAUAGAUGUUGUGGGGCCAGGAUGUUACUAUAAGCAACAGCCUUUACCUGCCAUUGAUGAAGAGCACCAGUACAUCAAUCUGUUUGUUUCUUAUAUUGUCACUCCGGCCUUGUUCUGGGUUCAGCUGAGAGGCACUGAGACCACAGUAGCUCUUGAGGACCUGAUGGAUGACAUUGAGAAAAUUUACGAAUCAAAAAAACUAUCCAGAGAAUAUUUCAUGACGCCUGCCAUUGCCAAAAAAGGUUUGCUGUGUGCUGCCAUUUAUCCUGAAGAUAGAUACUGGUAUCGGGCUGUUAUCAUGGAUAUCAAGGAACCUUUUUAUGAGGUAUUUUAUGUUGACUAUGGCAAUACCUGCUCUGUGACAGUAAGUCAACUCAGACUGCUCAAGGCCAAGUUUUUAAAGCUGCCAGCCCAGGCCAUACAGGCAAGACUCAGUCAUCUACACCCUGUUGGUGAGAAAUGGGAGCCUGGUGCCAGAGACAGAAUGCUAGUGUUGUCAAAGGAAAGACCAUUGUGUGGUUUAGUUACAAAUAUCAAGGAUCGAGUUUUGUCUCUCUGUCUGGUUGACACUAAUGAUGAAAAUAAAGAUGUUCACAUCAAUGAUGUUCUAACCCAAGAGGGAUAUUGUACAUUUAUUGCAGAUGAUCAAUUUGAUCUGAGCCCUGUACAGAAGAAUGAUAAUGAACUUAUCUUUGGUGAGAAUGUGGAGCCAGAAACUAAGUCUACAAAUAGACUUUAUGUUAGACAAGUUCAAAUGUCAGAUGAUAUUGUCAUGAACCUAAUCAACUUAGAUGGACAUCCUUACUUUCUCUCCUUUGAAAUCUCUAAACUGUUCUUUAAAGAGGACAUCAUUGGAUCUAAGUUAAAACGUGACAACAUUGAUGUGAAAAAGAUCAUUGUGAACAAAGCCAACUAUCCAGACCUGUUCCAAGAACUUCUUCUCUAUGAUGUGGCCAACUUCACAGAGAAAUGUGAAAUGUUAAGCCUGUUUUCUCUCUCAGCUUUUCCAAUGAUUUUAAAGUUGUAUGGGAAAGGGGAAAUUUUUGAUGAUAUGAGAGAGACAGCCCAGGAACUGUUAAAUUGGUUUGACCCGGACGACCCAUACUGGAAGGGUGAAGGGGACACUGAGAGCAGUAGUAGCACCACUCAGGAUGACCAAGACUCAAUGAGUACAUCUGGCGGCAAGCCUACAAUGGAUGAGCUUAGCAUGGCUCUACAGACAUUGAACAUGCAAAGAAAGAGAAUAUUGUACAAAAUGAUGUCUGGGAGCCAAGUACGUGAUAGUGUGACUGAACUGGAUGAUGUGGAGACAAAAAUUAAGAAGGUUGAAGAUUUUAUAAAAAAAUUGGGAAGUGAUUCAGGUCUUACUCACUCCACUUCUGACUCACCAGACAUGCUUAAUUAUCAGAAUGUGAUGGGCCAAGAUUUGUCUGCAGCCAAAACAACACAGAAAGUAGCUCCUAUACUCCAGAGUCAGCUAGAAAACACUUUGCUUCAGAGCUCACUGCCUGCCAUUUCUGACACUGCCAUGUUGAACAGAGUCUUGCAAGAGCAGGCAGCCUUGAGAUCAAAUUCUAAUCUGAGUUCUCUGUUUCCUGGUGUACUGCAGUCUUCAGUUAAUCCCAGUGUGAACCCAGGCCUGAUGAACCAGCAGCUGCUGGCCACAUUACAACAACAGAUGUUACAAUCUCAGUUACAGCAUUCAGCUUUAGAACAAUCAUUUGGUCUUCCAUCAUCACAUUCCUCUGUGCUUAGCUCACUAGCACCAACAUUGCUGCAAGCAUCAGGCAACAGCUUCAGUUUUACGCCCAGUGAGCAGCUUCAACAGAACACAUGGCUUUUACAGAAUCAGCAACAACAAAUGAAUGCUUUCACUAGUGCCUUAGCAUCUCUUCAACUGGGUUCAGCAGCCAGCAGCUCAAAUCUAUCAGACUUACUGUCUGCUAAUCCAAGUAACUUCCAGCCGAGUGCUGGGGCUCCAGGCUACAACACCUGCCUACAAAAUACAACUGUGUCAGCAAGUGCCCCAGGUUUGACACCACUACAGCGAAGCCGUCUCCUUCAGAUACAACAACUUCAGAACUUAGCUGCCCAGUCCAACAUUACAACAUCACAUUAAUAUUGUUUUUCAUCUGUAUAACAGCAGUUUUCUUAGUUUGUUGACCAGAAAAACAAACAUCAUUGCAUUUUGUGAUAUAAUGGUCAUAUCUGAGGCUUCAGACAGAAGUCCUUAAUUUUGUUGUUUGAAUUAUAUUUACUGCAUUUCAAGAGUUCUUAUUGUUCAGUUUUCUUUUCUUGUGUUUAUUCAAAUCUUCAAGUAGUACAUAUUUCUAGUCAGUUAAACAAAUUGAGACUUGUACUUUUUCAUGCCAUUUAUGUAGACAUUUUUUUUUACAAGUUUUACAUCAAAAUUUCCCUGGAACAAAAAUUGAGCUAGGCUGUAACAAUUCUGUACACUAUGUGUCAGGCAAGUUUCAUGUGCCUAGUUCUGUACACUAUAUGUCAGACAAGUCACAUGUGCCUUGCUCUGUACACUAUGUCAGACAACUCACACAUGCCUAGAUCUGUACAAUAUAUGACCGACAAGUAAAAUAUGCCUAGUUCUGUACACUAUAUGAUAAAUAAUGUAAAUAAUGAUUUCUUUGAAGUACCCGGUAAUGAUCUUUCCAAUAUUUAAAAGGAAAAACAAAUAUUUAACAAAUUUAUUCUAUUUAUUAUCAGGGAAAGCUUUCUUGUUUACAUUUUCAUUUUGCUGUAUUAAUAGAUCUGAACAAGCCUUUAAUGAAUUACAAGUGUAUUUUGAUUAUCUAGUCGUCUAGUAUAGUUUGUGCUUCCUUUGUUGCAGCAGUGUAUAUUUGUUUUGUUCUCUAGAGUUAACUCUGCAUUUUGAUUCCUGCAAAAUUAAAUCCAUGUGUAUCAUGCACUGGCUUUAUCUUUAAAAGUUUUUCUUCUUUCUAGUAACUUUAGAAAUACUGUUUUGUUCUGAUAGUUUGUGGAUCAGGUCAAGUAUCACCUGUUCUGUGUCCUACUAGUAGAUAGAUAAGGGGGCAAAUAGCCUAGACAACUCUCUCUCUUCUCCCUUAAACAAGUUAGAGUUGUGUGGACUUGGGGAAUGCUCUGAAAUCUAUAAAUAAAUCCCAGCAUCCCCAAAAGUUAAAAAUGAAGACACUCCUUUUGUCAGCAAAACAUUUGAUUCCCUUAAGUGAAGAUCGUCAUCAUCAUCCCUGUAAUUUAUUUAUCAGCUUAUUUGAAUGUGUAUGUUUAUAUGUCUAUUGAAUUUUUUUAUUUUUUUUUGUUGCUUUGUCUAGUAGACAUUGUGAAGUAAAAUUUGUCUUUCUGGCCACCAUUUUAGUUGAUUAGUUCAAGUCUCAUCUUUAUUUCACUCUACAUUGUGUUCAGGCUUUUUAUAAUGUUCAUCAAUUGUCUGUUUCUCCACAAAAACUUCCCAGUCAUGUGAUGAAUGAUUUUGUUAUGUUGUGUUCAUCUGUUUCAGUAUUGUUUUAAAGACUCAUUGAAUCCAUUUCAACUAUGACAUUUUUCUAGCCAACUGUGUGCCAUUCUGCCCAGUGUUUGAAGGAGGUGGUGUACAUGUAAAUAGGAACUGUAUAUGAGUUAAACAUUUUUUUUUAAAAUUCAGUCCAAUGUUUAUUCUUUGUUUGGCUUUGUCACAUUCUAAUAAUGUUAUAUUAAACCAAAUACAAAAUGA